UUUCAGAGAAAGUCUGGGCCGAAGCUAGAGGCGACGGAUCGUGGGAAGGGGAGGCGGAAAGGCUAGGAGAAGGAGGGCCCGGGCGCGGGCCGCGCCUCCCCGAGCCCGCCGCGCGCCCCCGGGAGGGGGAGGAGCGCUGGGGACGGGACAGAGGGGUCCCUCCCGGGAGCAGAGCCGCCCUGCGCCUCGUCCGAGCGCCGAUCCCCGCCCUCGUCGGAGGCUGGAACGCAGACCCACCCUCCGGCCGCGGACCCGCGUCCUCCCCGACGCCCGGCGACGCCCCGCCGCCGGUCCCUGCGCGCCCUAGGCGGAUCGGGACCUGCCGCCGCGCCCUCUGCCACCCGGACGCCGCACGCCUUCCCGGGCGCCCUUUCCCGAGCAGAGGGGAGGCGAAGAUCGCGCCCCGCCGCGCGCGGGCAUUGUGUGUGCGCGUGCGGCGCGGGGUCCGCGGCGGGGAGCGCCCGCGGGAGGUCCUGUCCCCCGAGGGGCGGAGCGCAGGGCGGCGAGCUCCGGUCGGGGCAGUGUCCCAGCCGAGCCCUGCCGCUGCCGAGGCGGCGGGACGGCGCGCCUGGCGGCCGGGAGGCGCACUGAAGAAGGCCGGCGAGUGCUGGUCCCCGCGGCGCCCGGUAGGGGUACGCUUUGGUCCACGGGUCCGCAGGAGAGAGGUUCGGUCGCCGCCACCGAGCGCGCGGGGCCGGGCCGCCCCGUCGGGGGAAUCUGCGAGGUCCUCUGGGCUGCGUGUGCCAGCCGUGCCCGGGGCGCGUCCGCUGUGUUCACCGACCCCUCCGGUGCCUGGUCCUCGGGCCCUCACGGCGUGCACCAUGAGCGGCGGCGAAGUGGUCUGCUCGGGAUGGCUCCGCAAGUCGCCCCCGGAGAAGAAGCUGAAGCGUUAUGCGUGGAAGAGAAGGUGGUUCGUGCUGCGCAGUGGCCGUUUGACCGGAGACCCCGAUGUCCUGGAGUAUUACAAAAAUGAUCACGCCAAGAAGCCUAUCCGGAUUAUUGAUUUAAAUUUAUGUCAGCAAGUGGAUGCUGGGUUGACAUUCAACAAAAAGGAGUUUGAAAACAGCUACAUCUUUGAUAUCAACACCAUCGACCGGAUUUUCUACUUGGUGGCAGACAGUGAGGAGGACAUGAACAAGUGGGUCCGCUGUAUCUGUGACAUCUGUGGCUUCAAUCCCACAGAAGAGGACCCCGUGAAGCCGCUCACCAGCGCCUCACAGGCACCUGUUGACUCGCCUUUCACCGUGAACACAGCACCAGCCUCCACCCAGGUGGAAGCAUCUUCGGUUGCGCUACCUCCUUCUUACCAGCUCAUCAGCCUCCCGCCACACCCAGACGCUCUCGGCCUCCAGGACGACCCACAAGACUACCUCUUGCUGAUCAACUGUCAAAGCAAGAAGCCCGAACCCACCAGAAGCCAUGCUGACUCUGCAAAGCCCACCUCCUCUGAGACAGACUGCAAUGACAACGUCCCUUCCCAUAAGACUCCCGUGUCCUCCCAGAGCAAACAUGGAGUGAAUGGCUUCUUUCAGCAGCAGAUGACGUAUGACUGCCUGCCACCCCGGGCUGCCUCUGUCUCUGUAGACUCCAGCCUCUAUAACCUGCCCAGGAGUUAUUCCCACGACGUGCUGCCAAAGGAGUCUCCGUCCAGUACCGAGGCGGAUGGAGAGCUUUAUGUUUUUAACACCCCAUCUGGGACUUCCAGCGUGGAGACUCAGAUGAGACACAUAUCUCUUAGCUACGACAUUCCGCCAACACCUGGGAACACUUACCAGAUCCCACGGACAUUUCCAGAAGGCACAUUGGGACAGUCAUCAAAGCUGGACCCCAUUCCUGACAUACCCCCACCCCGGCCACCAAAGCCGCAUCUGACUCACGACCGGUCUCCUGUGGAAGCGUGCGGCAUCCCGAGGGCAGCCUCAGACACCGACAGCAGUUACUGUAUCCCAACGGCAGGCAUGCUGCCUUCCCGGAGUAACACCGUUUCCACCGUGGAUUUGAACAAGUUGCGGAAAGAUGCUAGUUCUCAAGAUUGCUAUGAUAUUCCACGAACCUUUCCGAGCGAUAGAUCUAGUUCACUGGAAGGCUUCCAUAACCAGUUUAAAAUCAAAAAUGUGUUGACAGUGGGAAGUGUCUCAGGCGAAGAACUGGAUGAAAACUACGUCCCCAUGAAUCCCAACUCACCACCACGACAACAUUCCAGCAGCUUUACAGAACCAAUUCAGGAACCAAAUUACGUGCCCAUGACCCCUGGGACAUUUGACUUCUCUUCGUUUGGGAUGCAAGUGCCACCUCCUGCUCAUAUGGGCUUCAGGUCCAGCCCAAAGACCCCUCCCAGGAGGCCGGUUCCUGCUGCAGACUGUGAGCCGCCCCCGGUGGACAGGAACCUGAAGCCAGACAGAAAAGCCAAGCCUGCUCCCUUAGAAAUCAAGCCUCUGUCUGAGUGGGAGGAGCUGCAAGCCCCGGUCCGGUCUCCCAUCACCAGGAGCUUCGCACGCGACUCCUCCAGGUUUCCCAUAUCCCCCCGGCCUGAUUCCGUGCACAGUACCACAUCAAGCAGCGACUCUCAUGACAGCGAGGAGAACUACGUCCCCAUGAACCCGAACCUGUCCAACGAAGAUACGAAUCUCUUUGGCAGUAACAGCCUGGAUGGAGGGAGCAGCCCAAUGAUCAAACCCAAAGGAGACAAACAAGUUGAAUACCUGGACUUAGAUCUAGAUUCUGGGAAAUCCACACCACCACGAAAGCAAAAGAGCAGUGGUUCGGGUAGCAGCAUGGCUGACGAGAGAGUGGAUUAUGUCGUAGUGGACCAACAGAAGACCCUCGCCCUGAAGAGUACCAGGGAAGCUUGGACAGAUGGAAGGCAGUCCACAGAAUCUGAAACACCCACCAAGAGUGUAAAAUGAAGAUACACCAUUGCCAGCCAACAAGAACUGGGUGGAAAAGAUAGACGCCAAGUGAAGAUGCUUCUCCUCUCUUGGUGGAGCCUCAAGCAAGCAGGGGCAGAGAAAAGGACCUCUCAGACAUGUUCAAGCAAAUUAGAUUGUGAAUGGUGCUGUGUGGUAUUCAGUUUGUAACAUGUAAAUAACGUGGGGAAAUAGUGUUUUAGUCCUCAGAGAAACGUCUGUCCCUAGCUAACACACUGUAGUAUUACUAUACUGACGCACUUUCUCAUUUAAAUCCUUGGUUUGGGUCUUCCCAAUCUACCUUAACAGAAUUCCCUUGGGAGUUCUUUUUGUCUCCUCACACUACUCUACAUAACGUACUAAGGAUUCUGGAAAUUCUAGUGAAGCUACAGGGCUAACACCAUUACAAUGAGAAGUAGGUUCCCAAAUCGCUUUUCCCUUUACGGUGGUAACCAUUAGCUUAAGCUAUAGAAUAUAGUUGGACUUGUUCUUCGUCGUUUUCCAAAACUACCGGGGAUAAUGUAUAUACUGCCGUCAAGACCCAGUUCUCUGGCUCAUGUAUACUUAGGUUUUAAUAGUAGAACUUUGUUGUUUUCUGUUAAUUACAGUGUUUAGUGUUCAUUGUGUGCAGGUUCUGCUGGGUAGGAUCUUGCACCUUUGAAAGACUGACUCUAGUUACACUAUUAAGCCCACAGUUCAUCCACGGCAUGGAUUGAUGAUCUGUUCUAACACUUGUCACGUAGUAAACAUUAUUUGCAAAAGGUAGAUUGUAUAACUAAUCAGGUACGUACAGGCCACUGAUGGGCUAAUAUACUGAUCAGGUUUAGACAAAGAACUUAAGUUCAAUUUUUGUUAAUCCUAAUGUUGGUUUAGAAUUAAUGAACCAGUUGUCAUUCACUGUCGGUUACAGCAACAUACUGUGAUUUUUAAUUAAUUAGACAGUAAUUCAAGAUUAUUACUCUUAUUAAUGAAAUUAUCUCUUUUGACACCGUAGUGCCCUAUGAUUUUUUUUACUUAAUAUUCUUCUUGGCCUUAUAUUUAAAUCCCUAUGCAAUUAAUGUUUUAUAUAUGCAUUUUUUAAAAAAAAGAAAAUGUCAUUUUAAGUGAUUCAUGUAUGUAGCACCUGUUGCUUUUAUGAGUAAAUGAAUUAAGAAUUUUGUACUGUGAUUUGUAUUCACUGCCCCAAUUCUCGAACUGUUGGAGCCUUGCUGUGCUGUGAAACCCUGUAUUCGUGAACACCACCCAGCCCGAUCUCUGAAUCCACCAGGCGAGAGUGCAAGUCUCUCCCCUGUACCAGGCCAUCCCUGGUGUGGGCGUUCAGACCAUCAGUUAGCGGCUCUAAAGUUACGCUUGUCUGUCUUGGCUUAGCUGCCUAACUCGGGAAGCAGUUAGCGUCGUCCAUUAUUCACUAACUUACGUACAAUCUCUAUGCAUUGGUCUGGCGCUCACUAAUGGCUUGGGGUGGGGACACAGAGAAUGUCUCUGAGACAGCUGAGGCUUGUCUCCCUCCAUUCAGACCUCUUAACUGUUGCCUCAGUACACAUGUGCCCUGAUUUAUGGCCCAUAGGCCACAGAACUGUGCCUACUCUGUGUACUACGCUGUUUUUCUAAGUCCACAAGCUGUGUUCUUAGCUAGGUGAAUUGUAGACUAGUAACAUUGGAUGCUUUUAAAUGUGUGCUUCUUUUUAAACAAAAACUAAAACCCAGAACUGAAUUUUGAGGUGGAUUUUUAAAUAAAAUUUUAAAAAAAGAUUCUUUGAA